AGCCGAGCCGCGCUGCGCCGCCGCGCCCGCGUCCCUCCGCCCCGCGCCGCGCCGCGCCGCCAGCGGGCAGGGCACGGGAGCCGAGCCGCGCCGCGGGGGCCGCCCAUGCGCCCUGCGCGGCCGGCCUGAUCUCGCACACAAAGGCGGGCCGGGAGGCGACGGGCCGCGCCUGGCAGCGCCGCCCAUGCACCGUGUGCAGCCCCCCGCGGCGGCCCGGGCCCGGGCCAUGAGGGCGGUGUAGCUCCGACACCGCCGCGCUCGGCCCGGCCCGGCCCGGCCCGGCGCGGCUUGGGGCAGCCGCAAACCGGCGGCGGCGGCGCGGCAUGGCAGGAGGUGGCGGCGCCCCCUGCCGGGCGGGCGGAGCGCUGCGAGCGGGCGGGCGGGCGCCGCUGCGGGUGCUGCUGGCGCUGCUGCUGGCGGCGGCGGCGGCGGGCGAGGAGAUCAACGCGGAGGCAUGGCUGCGGCUCUAUGGCUACCUGCCGCAGCCCAGCCGGCAGAUGUCCACCAUGCGCUCAGCUCAGACCUUCUCCUUGGCCCUCGCUGAGAUGCAGAAGUUUUACGGCAUCACCGUCACCGGUGUCCUGGACGAGGAGACCAAGGCGUGGAUGAAACGUCCCCGCUGUGGGGUGCCAGACCAGUUUGGGGCACGGACAAAGUCCAACAUGCGGCGGAAGCGGUACGCACUGACAGGGCGGCGCUGGAGCCAGAGUCAUCUCACUUUCAGCAUCCAAAACUACACGGAGAAGCUGGGUCGGUACCACUCGUAUGAGGCUGUCCGCCGAGCUUUCCAGGUGUGGGAGCAAGCCACUCCGCUGGUUUUCCGGGAAGUGCCCUUCGAGGACAUCCGGCAGAAGCGGAAGAAGGAGGCAGACAUCAUGGUGCUCUUCGCCUCUGGCUUCCAUGGAGACAGCUCCCCCUUCGACGGCGUCGGGGGAUUUUUGGCUCACGCCUAUUUUCCUGGUGCUGGCAUGGGGGGGGACACGCAUUUCGAUUUGGACGAGCCCUGGACACUGGAGAACACGGAUGUGUCUGGGAACAACCUUUUCUUGGUGGCCGUGCACGAGCUGGGGCACUCGCUGGGCUUGGAGCACUCCAGCAAUCCCAGCGCUAUCAUGGCCCCCUUCUACCAGUGGAUGGACACGGAGAACUUCCAGCUGCCCGAGGAUGACCUCAAGGGCAUCCAGCAGCUGUACGGUACUGUGGAUGGGCACCCUCAGCCCACCAAGCCUUUGCCCACCGUUACACCCCGGAGACCUGGCAGGCCAGAACAGAGACCCCCUAAGCCACCCCCUCCAAGGAAACCAGAGCGACCCCCCAAACCUGGCAGUCCAGACCGACCUGACCAGUACGGCCCCAACAUCUGUGACGGGAACUUUGACACAGUGGCAGUGCUGCGUGGGGAGAUGUUUGUGUUCAAGGGCCGGUGGUUCUGGAGGGUCCGGCAUAACCGGGUGCUGGACAACUACCCCAUGCCCAUCGGGCACUUCUGGCGGGGCCUCCCCGGGGACAUUGAUGCUGCCUAUGAGAGGCAUGAUGGGAAGUUUGUCUUCUUUAAAGGUGACCGGUACUGGCUCUUCCGAGAAGCCAACCUGGAGCCUGGGUACCCACAGCCCCUGGUCACCUACGGGCAGGGCAUCCCCUAUGACAGCAUCGACACGGCCGUCUGGUGGGAACCCACGGGGCACACCUUCUUCUUCCGUGGCGACAGAUACUGGCGCUUUAAUGAGGACACCCGCUCAGUGGACCCUGGGUACCCGAAGCCCAUCUCCGUCUGGGUGGGCAUCCCUCCGUCACCCAAGGGUGCCUUCCUCAGCCCAGAUGCCUCCUCCACCUACUUCUACAGAGGCACAAAGUACUGGAAAUUUGACAACGAGCGGCUCAAGACAGAACCAGGUUAUCCCAAAUCCAUCCUACGGGACUUCAUGGGCUGUCAUACGGAGCUGGUCCCAGACCCUCAUCCCCGCUGGCCUGAUGUGGACCGACCCCCCUUCAACCCCGAUGGGGAUGAGCGGGCUGAAGGCAAAGAGGAGGAGGAGGAGGAAGAUGAGGAAGAUUACAGCAAGGGUGGCCGCCAGCCAGGCGGGGACGUGGAUGUUGUGGUGCAGAUUGAUGAGUACACACGCACCAUGAGCGUCGUUAUGGUGCUGGUGCUGUUGGUGCUGCUGCUCUGCAUCCUCGGCCUCAUCUACGUCAUUGUCCAAAUGCAGAGGAAGGGUGCACCCCGAAUGCUCUUAUACUGCAAGCGCUCCUUGCAGGAGUGGGUCUGACCCUGGCUCCCUCCCCAAACUGCCCCCACCACCAUGGUGCUAACAAGGGACCUGACCUCCCCCUCCCCAUGGCCCACCCCAUGGCCUUAGCACCUCUGUCCCAUUGUUGCUUGAUGUCUCCAGCCUUAGAAAAGGGGAGGUAUGCCCACCCCUCCCAGCCCCCUCUAGAGCAGCCAAGCUGGGACCAGGGGCUGGUCACAGGGAGGGGGCUGGAAGGACAAUUCAGGUCCUGCCUGCUCCCCGGUACCUGCACCCCCCACCAGCCAUGACCCUCAGGUUGCCACCCAUCAUGUUGCACCUGCCUCUGCCACAGGGUCCCAGCAGGGUCCCUUCCUCCUGCUUGAACCUGCUGCGGCUGUGCCUGUGCGGCAGGGGGGGUGGCGAGCAGGUUGGGGGCUGCUAGUGAGUGCCAUGAGCUGGCAGGUCUCAGCUGCCAGCACCCGCAAUGGCACGGAAGAGCGAGAGGAAGGGAGGGCUGAGCUAGAGACCAUGGUUCCUGUUGAAGUGGGGGAUGUGGUGCCUAAAGACAGUGUGAGGGGCAAAAGACACCACUGCUGCAACCCCCUGUGGGCUCAGCUCAGCCUGGACCCUGCCGCCACUGUGGGGUGAAGCCCUGGGGACACGCAGUCCUGUGGGCAGGCGGUGGCCGUGGCCAUGGCCAUUUGUACGCGCAUUAAAGGGGUCAGGUGCGUGGA